CUAGCCAAGAGAAAGAACAUCCGUACAUUUACAGACCUCCCGUCAUCCAAGCGUAUGGCAAAAAUAGCUGUUUUUCUUUCUUUUUAUGUGGUGCCCACUACAUUUUAAAAAUUCCGCCGAAAAAGAGAAGACGAUUUCCCGAAACAUUUUCGCCGUUAUCUCACGGCUCCCUCUUCUCUUUACAGGUGUAUAACCGCUACCCAGAAGGCCUAGGGGCGGCUCUUUACCGGGAGCGCUUUGACUUCAACGCUGAGCCGCCUUGGGAUCCUAGCUGAUAGCGGGACACGGCCAUCUACAGACUUGUCCAUGACCCACGGCUCAGUCGCCACCUUGACUUGACUACUCCUUCUUUAUGAUUGUCUGCUGAAUACUGUUGAGAUGAAAGGACUCGCUGACGAACCAAACCACAUGAUUGAACUCCUGGAGGGAGGAACCACCCUGGAAGAUGUCAUUGACGGACAUGUUUACGAGCAAGCUCUGGCUGAUAAGAGUGUGUUUGUAGUGUCUGAUCUUGGGUCCCUGAUGAGACAGCAUGUCCAGUGGCAGCGCACCAUGCCCCAGAUCAGGCCCUUCUACCCGGUCAAAUCCAACAGCAGCCCGGCUGUCAUCGAGAUCCUGGCCUCUCUCGGCCUCGGCUUCAUCUGUGCUAACAAGGCUGAAGUCAGUCUGGUGCUGGACCAUGACGUGCCCCCUGAGAACAUCAUCUUCUCUGGAGUUUGCAAACAGCUGUCCCACAUCAAACACGCAGCCAAGAAUGGCGUCGACCUCUUGGUGUGCGACAGCGAGACAGAACUCUGCAAGAUAGCCCGUUCUCACCCCAAGGCCAAGCUGCUGGUCCAGGUAACUACAUGGGCCCAGGCUGCAGAAACCAGCAUGGCGUUCGGCUGCUCUCUGAAGAGCUGUAGGCGCCUGCUGGAGGCUGCCAAGGACCUGGGGUUGCAGGUGGUGGGAGCUACGUUCCACAUCCCCAGCUCCUGCAAGGACCUGCAGGCCUACAGCAACGCACUGUCGGAUGCCCACUGUGUGUUUGACAUGGGGGCGGAGUUGGGGUUCAGUAUGAGCAUCCUGGAUAUUGGUGGUGGAUUCUCUGGCUCAGAGUUUCAGCUCAAACAGGUUCAUACCUCCGUCAGACUGCUGCUGGAUGCCUACUUCCCCUCUCUGUCUGGGGUGCAGGUCAUCGCUCAGCCCGGUAGCUACUACGUCUCCUCUGCCUUCACUCUGGCUGUCAACGUCAUCGGCAAGAAGGUUGUGGCACGGGACUGGAGCUGUCAGGCUCAGGAGGAGCUGACCCCAGACGACGAGCCAGAGUUCCUCUACUACCUGAACGAUGGCGUCUACGGGUCUUUCUCCAGCAAGCUGCUAGGAAGCACCAUCCCUGCCCCGGCUGUGCUCAAGAGGGGGUCUACGGCGGCGGCGGAGCCAGUGUUCUCCAGCAGCCUGUGGGGUCCGUCGUGUGACGGCCUAGACCAGGUGUUGGAGCACUGCCUGCUGCCUGAGCUCAGCCCUGGAGACUGGCUGGUCUUUAACAACAUGGGGGCCGCUGGCCUGGGGGGGCCCUCAGCCAUCAGACCAGCUGUCUACCACACUGUCUCCACCGCUGACUGGUACACCAUGCAGGAGGCUGGGAUAGCUGUGGACAACAUUAUGAAGAACUUCUCCAUGGUCCAUUAUGGUGCAUAGCUCUGCUCGGUCCCUCCCCUCUCCAUUAUGACAUCAGAGAGAUACCACCUUACCCUGGGCGUUCAGUGAUCAGCAUUCCAACAGCCUUGGAAAAUGCUGUGUUCAACUUUCCAGGAAAGUUAAAGACUUGUGAUUUCCUGGCAAAAGGAAACGAUUGAUUGGUGACCCCCCCAUACCUCAAUUCUCAAAUUUCGUUUUUGGAAAAAAUAAAAAGAUCAACAUUUUAUCCCUCUUCCUACUCCUCCCUCAAUCGCCGUCAGCUAGAAAACAACACGUUUAACAAUAACAUAUGCAACAAAAUGGAUGACUGGCGAUGGAACCCUGCUUCCUAACCAGGUUUAUUAAUUAGAUACAGUUUACAUAAAUGUGCAAUUGGUUAAUUUCUGUUAUGUUGAUUACCUGUUGACAGUCUUGUAAAAAUCAGUUGUCUGUUCAACAUGAUGAUGUAUUUGUCUAAUGAAGAGGAUUUUCCAGGUUUUUAAUAUUUAAAAUCAGUACUACAUUUAUGCUUUUGACCCACAUAGUCUAGUGAAAGUGAGACGUUAACCUAACCCAUUCUUGAUUACAUUUGAUAUUUGGGUUUAUUAAUUGCAUUUGUAAAACAAUAUGGAGUGCGUUUUGAGCUCCAGCCAACGUUCCCCUAGUACAUGCCGUUUCACUUAACAGUGUUGUCCUCUCUGAAGAUAUUGCUGUCUUUUUCAACGCUACAUUGAUAACUGUGCUGCGAUUCCAUUGUGACGUCUUAACGUUCUUACAUGGUGAGAGAGAGAGAGGCAUUUUGAAGGAUUUGUUGAAGCGAUUUGCUUCUGAUAGGAACGCCACAGUCUAAACAGAAAACUAGCUGGGUUCUGUUUGCUAAUAUACAGACAGAACUUUACCAGGCUAGCAGAAAGCGGUCCUCAGUUCUAAGUCCUAUUGAGGAAGUGUUCUGGACAGCGAAGCCCCCUACAGCAUUACAAGCCCCCCUACAGCAUUACAAGCCCCCCUACAGCAUUACAAGCCCCCCUACAGCAUUACAAGCCCCCCUACAGCAUUACAAGCCCCCCUACAGCAUUACAAGCCCCCUACAGCAUUACAACCCCCCUACAGCAUUACAAGCCCCCUACAGCAUUACAAGCCCCCCUACAGCAUUACAAGCCCCCCUACAGCAUUACAAGCCCCCCUACAGCAUUACAAGCCCCCUACAGCAUUACAAGCCCCCCUACAGCAUUACAAGCCCCCUACAGCAUUACAAGCCCCCUACAGCAUUACAAGCCCCCCUACAGCAUUACAAGCCCCCCUACAGCAUUACAAGUCCCCUACAGCAUUACAAGCCCCCCUACAGCAUUACAAGCCCCCCUACAGCAUUACAAGCCCCCUACAGCAUUACAAGCCCCCUACAGCAUUACAAGCCCCCCUACAGCAUUACAAGCCCCCCUACAGCAUUACAAGCCCAUGGCGUUCACUCUGAUCAUGCAGUAUCAGCUGCUCUGGUGGGUUAGAGAGAUACAACUGACGUCAGCCUUGAGGCUUGGACACACUUGGAACAUUUUGUUUCUAUAAACAUGUUUAACCACAAGUGUGUUGCAAGGCCUUGUUCUCUGUCGGCACAGCGCGUAGCAGCCCACUAACAGACAAUAGACCUGUCUUCAUAUUUAUUUGGAACUAGCUUCUCAUGCCUCGCUUACUGGAUGGUGGGCUGGAAUAUGGAGUCUAACUGUAUGAGUGACAAGGAGUGGGUAUGAUAGCACAGACAGACUGGCACUCAGGCUAGACCAGACCUGACUGAACUCUCAACUUUCGAAGGCACUAAUGGACCAUAUCCUAUUUUUGACUGUAAAUUGUGCUUGUUAAAGUAAUGCAAGUGAUUAAUUUAAUACAUAUUUUUGACUGAAA